GCUAACCUUAAUUGAUGAAUUGGAAGCUUCCUUCGCAACCUUCGCAACUUUCUUUUCUUUCCUCCGAGCUUCUUUUCCCUCCCUCUAACUAAUUCCUUCUAAACAACUUCACCCCUCCGUUUCUCUACCUGGUCUUCUUGUCCAACAUGGUCGCCCUCCGUUAUUCUGUCCUCGCCGCUCUGGCUCUUCGCGUCGUCUCUGUAUUCGCCGCUGCUGCUGCUGAGCCAGAUGCCGACUCUCCCCUUUCCGACAAUGCCGGCAGUACUCCCGCGGCCGAGUUGAAGGCCGAGGUUGUCGCUACCUUCCCCGAAGCCGAUGAUAUCUUUGGAGUGAAGCUUGUCAAUGGCCGCCCGACCAAGGCUGUGAUUGAUGUGACCAACAACGAGGAUGAGCCAAUCUUGGUCGCUUUCCUCGGCGGUCAGCUCCUCAGUCCCAAGCCACUAACUCCCGGAGACAACCCUACGGCUGCCGUUGUUCGUAACUUAACUACCGUCCGUUACGAAACCACCAUCCCCGCUGGCGAGAAGCAGUCGCUUCCUUACUCCUUCGUACUUGACAUGUUGCCCCAGGACUUGCGCCUCCAGAUUAUUGCCGUUGUUAGCAAUUCUGCCAACCAGAUCUUCCAGGUUGGUGUGUACGACCAGACCGUCAGCAUCGUCGAGGCACCUACCAGCAUUUUCGAUCCUCAGAUUAUCUUCCUAUACGUCGUCCUCACCGCUGCCUUUGCCGGCACUAGCUACUUCGUGUACAAGACCUAUAUCGAGGCUCUCUUCCCCCAGGCCAAGCGCGCCCCUAGCACCAAGCACAGCAAGAAGAGCCGCACUCCUGCCCCCGCUGCCGAGAAGGAGCCCCUGUCUGGAGGUGAAGGUUCUGCGACCGGCACUGACAAGGGUUACGACGAGAGCUGGAUCCCUUCGGACCACCUGAACCGCCCUGCCGCGCGCCGUGUCAAGAGCGGUGCUAGCAGCAAGUCCAAGGCCAAGGUCUCUGAGUAGAAUCUGGCUGCAUAGCAGACCCUUUCACUAAGGCUGCCUACCGCCCGUUAGCGGGCUUCAUGUGGUACGCGUUGGGAUAAAUGAACAGGGUGCGGGUAAUCCAUUCGUCAUCACGAGGGUUGGAAAGGAAAAAAGUGCAUUCAUCGAGUUGCGGCAACGGGAAAAAGUUAAAAAGCAGAGCAAAGCAUAUGGUGUACCUUUAGAGGCUGUAAUAUGUUUAUGGCGACCCUCGUUAUGUAUUGUAUAGUGCUCAUCUGCCUGCAUGUACAUGAAUUGGACUGGUAUUAAAAAGUUCCGAAA